GGUGGAUAAUCAUAAAACGCGCGUCAUUUCUGAGGUGGCAAAACCCAAAUCGCUCUCGGAGACUUGGAACGGACGGUUGGCUUCGCUGGCAGCGUUUUCUUAUGGCGGCUCGCCUCGAAAUGAAGAAAUGCGUCGACUUGGAGGACUCGAAUCUCGCACUCGCUGCCAGGGGAUAGUGAGCAGUGUAAAGGAGAUUGGAAGAUGACUUAUUUGCAUAAUUAUUUGCAUAAUUUUUUUUUAGCGAGCUUUUCUGGAAAGUCCACGUGAAUUCAUGGAUAACCAAAAUGUGCCAUGUCUAUCCAGCUGCACUGGACCAGCAUAUUUGCCAAAUGAGACCAGGACCUCCAGCAGUGGCGAGCCAGUUGACUCUAGUGACAUCAAACCAUCUGGUGGAAUGGCUGGAGCUGACAUCAAACCAAAAUGUAUGGAGCGUGCCAAAAAGUGGUCAGAUGAAGUAGAAAAUCUAUACAGAUUUCAGCAAGCUGGAUACAGAGAUGAAAUUGAAUAUAAACAAGUGAAGCAUGUUGAUAUGGUGGAUCGUUGGCCAGAAACAGGAUUUGUGAAGAAACUUCAGAGAAGGGACAAUACCUUCUAUUAUUACAACAAGCAAAGAGAAUGUGAUGACAAAGAAGUCCAUAAAGUGAAAGUUUAUGCUUAUUAGUUUGUUAUCCUACCUACACCGGUCUAAUCUGUUUGUGUUGUUGUGUAUGGCAUUCUGGAUUAAAUUAACUUUUUGACAUGGAGGAGAGCCCGUAAUUGGCAGUUUAAAUGUUUCAUCUGAUCUGACUGCAAAGAGUGCUCAAGAAUUAAGGCCUGAGGACUAUGGAAGAGUCUGAGAAUAUGACCAGAUGAAGCUAAUGUUGAAGGACACAAAAUUAUAUUUUCCUUGCUGUUUGGCCAAUUGCUGGAAGUUCAACUGACAAGAUCAAAAUCUACAUAUUUAACUCUUAGAAAAAUACCAUUUUCUCCCCUAAAAUAAAGUACAUGAAAGUUUCAUUUGAUUCAC